AUGAGUCGAAUCUCAGCUCGUCAUGCAGGACACGAGCAUACGGUUAAUAUCAAAUAUGGCUACUUGGUGCUAUUUUUGUCUGUAGUGCACGCCUCUUUGCUUGUGUGGAGCUCGUACGCUAGCAUCAAGAACUGGAGACGUAAUGGUAAACCACUGCGGAGAAAUUCGCAAUUGUUACCCACAUCUAUCAUAAUAUCUAUAUGGGCAGUAUUGAUUGCUGUAAUAUCGGUAUGGUAUGUUGACCUCCCCGAGAAUUACUCGGUUACCAUCAAAAGGUUGGGGAGAAUCUCGUAUGCACUCAUUCCCUUCGAUAUAUUCUUGGUUCUCAGACCAUCUUCCCAGGGAGGGAUCUUCAACUAUCUAACCACCAUGAAUUUACACAAAUGGCUCUCUCGUCUUAUAAUUGUGUUAUCGUUAUUGCACGGGAUCGGAUUCACGGUAAAAUGGAUCAUUGAAGGCACAUUAAUCGAAAAAACGUUGAAAUGGGAUAAUUUACUCGGCGCUAUUGCCUGGUGGUUUGUCUUGGUGUUGUUGGUGGUGAGCCUGAAAGUCGUCAGAUCUAGAAUUUACAAGUGGUUCUACGUCUAUCAUAACUUGACUGCUUGGAUAUUUGUCGUAGCAAUUGGCUUCCAUGCUAGACCUGGUGUCUUUUUAUAUGCCUGUAGCUGUUUGGGCCUCUUUGCGUUCCAGAUUUGGUUACGGUUCUCCCAGCUGAUCAAGAUCGAAGUGGAGAACUUGGAAGUGAUAAGCGAUCCACAUUCGCUGUUACAGGUGGUUAGAAUGCCUAAAAUAUACUUUCCGCCUUGGUCGCCUACGUCUCACAUCAGAAUUUCCAUGAACUUGAAUAUAUUGGAAACCUAUUUAUUCCCUAGCCACCCUUACACCAUUGCGAGCACCAUAGAUGAUGAAUAUUGUGAUUUGAUAGUAAAGAAGACGAAUAAUGUUGAUUUCAUAAGGAAUAAGCAGCAAAACAGUACAGGGUCCUACACAGUUGUGGGACCUUUCCCAUCAUUACCAGAGCCAUUUUUCAUCACAUCGGAAUCCGUUUCAAUCAUUUGUGGAGGGUCUGGAAUAUCUUUUGGACUCCCUAUUCUCAAAGGUAUCAACUCCAAUGCUGAGAUUAACUUGUUUUGGUGUAUCAGAAAUAGAAGUGACUUACAUAUCUUGAAGGCGUUGAAAUUUGACGAAAAAAUUACCGUUUUUAUUACUGACCAACUGGAAUAUUCUGAUGGAAUUGAAGGCACCAAUGAAGACGAGGCCCAAAUGGGCCUACUCGAUCAAGAAGAACAGGAUGAUGCCUCGCAGAAUCCAAUCGAAUUAGAUGACUUUAGCAGUAACAAACUGCAAGUAGAAGAUGACACCAAAAACAUAACGAUUAAACAAGGAAGACCAGUCUUUGAUGAAAUUUUUCAUGGAUUGAACACUUCCCUGGAUAAGAAUAAUAAAUGGCUAAUUGCAUGUGGACCACAAGGUUUAAUUGAAGCCCUGAAGAAAUGGUGUGGAGAGAAUGAUGUUCCACUUUUGAGUGAAUUAUAUGAAUUUUAA